AUGGAAUCCUCAUUUCCAAGAAAGGAGGCGGCGGCCGCGGGCUCGAAUUCACCACCAGACGACGCCUCGGUCGAAGAGUCUUCUCGGGUCUUCGUCAAGAACCUUCCUCCCAACAUCACCGAUGACCAGCUCCGGAAGCACUUCUCGGGCGGUGGCCGCCACAUUACCGACCUGAAGCUGAUUGCCCGUCGCCGGAUUGCCUUUAUUGGCUACCGCUCGGCUGACGAGGCCAAGGCUGCCGUCCGCUACUUCAACCGCUCCUUCAUCCGCAUGUCGAAGCUGUCGGUCGAGCUGGCCAAGCCCAUCACGGACCCGACUCUGCCGACGGCCUAUAAGAUGCAGCGGCUGCAUGACCUUCACAACCCGGCGGCAGCUGAGCCGGCCGCACCAGCACCGCCGGCAGACGACGAGGCAGCCUCGAAGAAGCGGAAGCGAGAGGAUCUGGAUGUGGCGAGCAACCCUAAGCUGCGGGAGUUCCUCGACGUCAUGAGCACACAAAAUAGGGGGUUAAGCAGUACAGCCGACGUCACGUCUGCCAUGGGUGCUGGAGCCUUUGGUGUUGCUGGCGAGGCAGCCGUUCCGGAGGCAAUUUUGGACGCCGAGGAGAGCGAGAACGAGGACGAAUACCAGUCCAUAUCGACCAAGAAGGCCAAGACGACAAAAGACGAGGAGGGCGAAGGCACACCAGCAGCACCAGCACCAUCAGAGCCAGCGGCAGAAGCUGGUCGGCCUUCCAGGGUGGCUGCCAUUACAGCCACGUCCAUCGAAGAAGAGGAGGCAAGGCCGACGCCAUCUGCACCAGAGCCGACCCCAACGCCACUGCAGCCCAAGCUGGAUUCUUCAGCAACAGACGAUGACUGGCUGCGGUCACGUACCAACCGGUUGCUCGACCUGCUCGACCCGAGCGAGUUGCCCGCACCAUCACAACCUGUUGCGGCGCCUGCUUUCCCGACCGCUUUCCCGGCUGCUACCAAGAAGGACGACGAGGAAAUGCCUGACGCAAAUAACGAGCACGACAAUGCAAAUGAUGAUUACGAGAACCCGAUUCGGAGACUAGCACCAGCUGCAGCACCAGCAGCACCAGCAGCCACCACCGCCGCCCCUACCCCUGCACCACCAGUUGUACCUCUGCCUGCAGAAGAGCAGAUUCGCAAGACAUCCCGAUUGUUUGUCCGCAACCUGCCGUACGACGCUACGGAGGCCCAGAUCCAGAAAUACUUUACAGCCUUUGGUACCGUUCAAGAGAUAGGGACAACUUAUGCCAAUGGCAUGUGA